AGAGCAAAGUCUCGCAUUCAGGUAUAUAAUUUCCCUCGGUCUGCGUCAUGAUUUCUAUAUGGUACGUCGCGUCAGGUGCCUGUGCGAUGAUGGCUUGGACGUUCGCCAGACGUUUCGCUCGCUAUCAUCAGGAACAAUUCCCGGCCCGCCACAAUCUGCUUCCAGGAACAAAUUGGCCACCACCCACUUCCUUGGGACCGCCGCUCUCAUCGCUGCGAAGCGUCACCAUGUUUCCUUUCAACGGCCUGUGCAGUGUGCAACUCGGAGGCCCCACCACAGGAAACACCCUUUCCCCGUCAUUCCUCCGUGAGUACGUGUACGUGUAC